CCGCGGAGCGGGGCCGGAGCGGGGCCGCCAUGCGCCCGGGGCCGGGGCUGCCGGGGCUGCCGGUGCUGCCGGUGGUGCUGGCGCUGCUGGCGGCGGCGGCGCGGCCGGGCAGCGGCGAGGARGCGAUCCAGUGCCCGCCGUGCUCGGAGGAGCGGCUGGCGCGGUGCAAGGCUCCGCAGGGCUGCGCGGAGCUGGUGCGGGAGCCGGGCUGCGGGUGCUGCGCGACCUGCGCUCUGCCCCGCGGCACCGCCUGCGGCGUCUACACCGCGCGCUGCGGUGCGGGGCUGCGCUGCUACCCACCCCGCGGCGAGCCCCGGCCCCUCCGCACCCUCAUGCACGGCCAGGGCAUCUGCACAGACCUGGCCGACGUCGAGGCCAUCCAGGAGAGCCUCCAGCCCCCAGAGAAGGAGGAGAUCGACCAYCCCAACAACAGCUUCAGCCCCUGCAGCAUCCACGACCGCAAGUGCCUGCAGAAGCAGCAGGCCAAGAGGGUCAACAACGGCAACAAGAUGCGCAGCAGCGGGAGCCCUCACCACCGCGAGGACGCGCGGCCCAUGCCACAGGGUUCGUGCCAGAGCGAGCUGCACCGGGCGCUGGAGAAGCUGGCGGCCUCGCAGACCCGCACGCACGAGGAUCUGUAUGUCAUCCCCAUCCCCAACUGCGACCGCAACGGCAACUUCCACCCCAAGCAGUGUCACCCGGCGCUGGACGGGCAGCGGGGCAAGUGCUGGUGCGUGGACCGCAAGACGGGGGUGAAGCUGCCGGGCUUCCUGGAGCUGAAGGGGGACUUGGACUGUCACCAGCUGGCCGACAGCAUGUGAGCGCCACCGCGGCGGCCGCGCGGGGCCAGGACCCCUGCCGGGGCUGCCUGGGAGACAAGGAGAGGGGACGUGACUGCUGAGCAGCGCCCCGGUGCCGGGGGACCCUGGGAUGCGCCACCGCGGCACCGUGACCUGCGCCAUGACCACUAUCCGCCACCGCCGGGGGUCCCGGCAGGCGACAGCGGCACCCCCGUCCCGCACGGACACAGCUUGGAUGGCACUGUCCUGGCACUGGGGUCGGGCUGUCUGCGUGCAGCGGGUGGGGGACACUCUUGACGCUGUCCCUUGGUAUCCCCGGUUCUCACCCCGGCCCCGCAGGCAGCACYGGGCACCCGGCACAUCGAGGGUGUGGUGGCAGCAUCUCAUCCGCAGCGCAGUGCCCUCCGUGCCAGACCUGKGCGCGGGCAGCAGCAGAAGUGCCUCAUCCUGCCCUCCCUGGUGGUGAGAGGCUGCCCAAGCGAGGACUGKGGGGCCUGGAGAKACCCCCCGUGCCUGCAUCCCACCCRGAGCGUGUGUGCGAAGCGCAGCGUGGCCGCACGGAGCAAUAAGAGACCUUCCCCCUCCCUGCUGCAGCCCCACAGCCCGGGACAUCCUCCCCACGGCCCAGCCCCGUCCCGCUCCCUGUGCAGGGACAAAGCCUCCCAUCCAUCCUGCCUCUCCCUGCUCCAUACUGAGGCCGGUCAGGACCCCCAGGCAAGCAGCAGAGUGUCCUCACAUGCAUCGAGUCCAAGGGGAGGGUGGAGGGAUGAGGGAUGCCCAGAAAACACAUCCCAGGGGAAAGAGCUUCUUUUGGUUUGAGUUCUUUCUUUCUUCCCCCAAUUUUUU